UGGGAACAAUUUUGCAUCCGUUUUCAAAUUUCAACGAUUUCAUCUCUCGACAUCUGCAAUAUGACCGAUACAGUAGUAUCCAAUCCAGCAGCUCCGGUUGUUUCGUCGCCGACUACGAAAAAAUCACCGUCCAAAAAGAAAGCGACCACUGCUGCCAAAAGUGCCGCUUCGAAGAAGCCCGCAGCCGCACAUCCACCGACAUCCGUUAUGGUUACAUCAGCAAUCAAGGAAUUGAAAGAGCGAAAGGGUUCGUCUCUGCCUGCUAUCAAAAAGUAUCUGGCCGCCAAUUAUCAAGUCGACCCAGCCAAGUUGGCACCUUUCAUAAGGAAGUUCUUGACCGCUGCCGUGACGAGCGGUGCAAUCCUCCAAACUAAGGGUCAUUAUAAGCUGGCUGUAGUCGAAGCUAAACCGAAAAAAGCCGUCGUGGCGAAGAAGCCAAUCGCAAAGAAAGUGAAACCAACUACCGCCGGUACGCCUAAAAAGAAGAAGCCAGCUUCGAAAAAAACUAAAACUGCCUCCGGUGAACCAGCCGCCAAAAAGGCGAAAAAAACUCCGACCAAGGCUCCUAAGGCCGUUAAACCUAAAAAGGUCCCGGCUAAAUCAACUGCUGCUAAAACCAAAACACCGAAGAAAACCACCGCAGUUAAGAAGGCCACCAUUCCAAAGAAGAAGUAGAGUUUAAUAAUAAUAGGUGGGUAUAUGACUACUCCUUAAAAAGGCCCUUUUCAGGGCCACCAAAUAAAAGCUUCUUACUCUUAUUACAAUUUAUUUAUGUUUAAUUUAUUUUACGUGUGCCAAAAUAAGAAAAUCUUGUUACGUUCACGAGAAAUUCUCAUUAUUAUUUAUAACGUUUUGCUGUAAAUUA